CAGUCUACCCCUCUCGAAUUCAUUUUCUUCUCAAAACAGACCUUAAGCUCUGCGUUAUCAAAACAAACUCAAAUUUAACUCCAAAACCUCUUACAAUACAAACAACACCGAGUUGACGCUCCGUUUCGUUUCGUGGUUUCGCAAUUUUAAGAUGCCAGCUGCAGAUCCCAGUAUGUCUGAUAAAGACGGAGAGCCAUUUGUGGAGGUUGAUCCUACUGGUCGGUUUGGGCGGUACAGUGAUCUACUCGGUUCUGGUGCUGUGAAGAAGGUUUAUAGGGCAUUUGAUCAGGAGGAAGGUAUAGAGGUGGCCUGGAAUCAGGUGCGGUUGAGAAAUUUUAAUGAAGAUCCAGUGCUCAUCAAUCGGCUUCACUCAGAAGUUAAAUUGCUGAGAACAUUGAAGAACAAGUAUAUCAUUGUUUGUUACAGUGUUUGGUUGGAUGAUGAGCAUAACACAUUGAAUUUUAUCACUGAGGUGUGCACAUCAGGAAACCUGAGAACUUACAGGAAGAAGCAUCGCCAUGUAUCAAUAAAGGCCUUGAAGAAGUGGUCGAAGCAGUUACUCGAAGGAUUGGAGUAUCUCCAUACACAUGAACCAUGCAUUAUACACCGCGAUCUCAAUUGCAGUAAUAUCUUCAUCAAUGGAAAUGUUGGCCAGGUGAAAAUUGGUGAUCUGGGCCUUGCUGCAAUAGUGGGAAGGAGUCAUGUAGCGCAUUCAAUCAUAGGGACACCAGAGUACAUGGCACCUGAACUGUACGAGGAAGAUUACACUGAGAUGGUGGACAUCUACUCUUUUGGGCUGUGCCUCCUUGAGAUGGCGACAAUGGAGAUACCUUAUAGUGAAUGUGACAGUGUUGCCAAGAUAUACAAAAAGGUGACAUCUGGAGGUAAGCCCCAGGCCCUGAACAGGGUGAAAGAUCCAGAGGUGAAGACAUUCAUAGAGAAGUGUAUUGCAAAGCCAAGGGCCAGACCAUCAGCCUCUGAACUACUCAAAGACCCCUUCUUCUCCGAGUUGACCGAUGAUGAUGAUGCUGAGACUGACCCAACUACUUGAUCACUUAUCAAGCGAAGGUAAAUUCUAAAGACUAAAACUAGCAAGCAGCUUUCUUUCCUAAACCUAAAAGUUUCAAGAGUAUGUUUCUGGCCUACAUAACUUUCUAUUAUUGAUAUUUUCUCGUCGGCAUCUAGUCUGAGCAGUGCAGAAAUAGUAGAUUGGUAGUAUUGUCUCUGUUCACUGUUGUUGAUAUGAAGUCAUGAUAUCAGGUUCAAAUCAUCGGAAGAAAUUCAAUGGGCCUAACCAGUAGUAGGAUUUGAAGUUGGAAAAUAAAUAAAUAAUUAAUUAAUUAAAUGUAUCUCCACAGCUGUAGGGGAAUGUAUUGCUUGGGUUGUAAGCACGUAAGCUGUGCUGUAGUUCAUACGCACCUCCAAGCCCGCUGUCCAUACAUUCGCGUGUACCUAUGUAAAUGUGCAUAUAUUAUAUGAUAAUAGGUUUAUGGUUGAAUAUCAACCGUUUAAGUUACCA